AUGUCUAAAUCUGCUAAGGUUGUUAUCAUUGGUGCCGGUGUGUCAGGCUUAAAGGCUGCAGAAGUGUUGCUUUCAUCCGGAAAACUUGACAAGAAUGACUUAUUGAUUCUCGAAGCUCAGGAUCGCGUUGGAGGUCGUCUUCAGGACACCAAAAUCGAAGAUUCUAAAUUGGGAAUCAAAUAUGCUCUUGGAGCGUUGUGGUAUCAUGACACAUUGGCCAAUACUCCACUACGUGAUUUGCAAGAAAAAGGAUUGGUGAAGGUGGGAGAUGUGUACUAUGACGAUUUGGAUGCACCCACAUUUACCAAAGAUGGGGUUUUAGAUGUUUCAAGCUCGAAAUUAAAUCGGGCAUUGGAGGAGGCUUCUCAGUUCUUUCCUUUGUUUUUCAAUGAUGAGACACCUGAUCUUUCUUGUGAUGAAGUGGUCACAGAGUAUAUCAAAGCACACGAAAAGCUUCUCACAGAAGAACAAAAAGAAUACCUCAAUAGAGGGAUGCGACUCUUAGAGAUUUGGCACGGAAUUCCGUCUGUCAAAGCUAGUGGUCGGAUGGCACUCUUGAAACAUGAGGGACGUAAUUUACUCAACAAAAAGGGUUUUACGUUUCUUAUUGACACUUUAAAAAAAGAGAUUCCUGAUUCAUGUUUCCUUUUGAAACAACCUGUAAGGUCAAUCACUCAAGAAAUGCAUGCCAAAAAGUCAAUUAUGGUAGAAACAAAGAAUGGGUUGACAGUUGAGACUGACUUUUUGAUAGUCACGGUUCCUUUAUCAAUCUUGAAGUUGGACUCUAAUGAUGAAUAUGGAAUUACCUGGAGUCCACCAUUGCCAAAACCUUUGAAAGGGGUGAUUGAUAAUUUGGGGUUUGCUGCUUUGGGAAAAGUGUUUUUCGAAUUUGACCGUAUAUGGUGGGACAACAAAGAAGAACGUUUCCAAGUUUUCCCAAACAAAGUUGAAGCUUCAGAGGUGGAUCACGCAUUAGAAAAGCUCCCACCCCCAUUUACUUUUCCUGCACUUGUGGUCAAUUAUGCCAAGUUGUACCCAAAUAAGCUUGGCGGUAGUUUGGCAAUUCUCACCCCUUCUCCGUUGACAAACUAUCUCGAGUCCCAUCCAAACGAAGCUUGGACGUACUUUAAACCAAUGCUUGAGAAGAUUGCGAUCAAGCCGAUUGAGGAUCCGGUCAAUACUCUCGUCACCGAUUGGACAAAAAACCCAUUCAUUAGAGGUUCGUAUACUGCCAUACCAGCAGAAACUGCGGAUCUAGCACUUUUGAACGCGAUGGAACAUGAAAGUUUGGGCCUUGAAGGCAGCAAUAUUAGAUUUGCUGGUGAACAUACGGUUCUGAAAGGCACUGGGUGUGUUCAUGGUGCCUAUGAUAGUGGAAUUAGAGAGGCUGAUUGGGUAUUAAAUGCGUUGCUGAAGCCUUCCCUGAAAUUGUAA